AGAGAUUGACCUAUUAACCCCACGCCUUGCACCCCUACAUGUGGCUUGGGCAUCUCUCCAAGCUUCCAGCAUUCUCACAAACUCAAGCCGUAGUGAAGUUUACAGGUGCACAGAAGUAACACAAGACCAUGCCAAGGAGAAGCAGGAGACAGGCUGCCGUGCGGGCAUCCAGCCGGCUCCGGGAUUACUACAGCGGAGUAACACCAGGUGUGCCAAGCAGGCGCAGACAUGCCUCGGAAGAUUCCACGUACAGCGGGGGUGACAGCAACGUGCACAAACCGACCGCCAGGAACACGGGACGCUUUCAGGUCCUCAACCCCGACAAAAAACGUCAGAACAAAGUCAUCAAACAUCUGGAGAAGCCCGUAGUGCCGCCCGAGAAAGAUGAGCAGCUGAAGGUCACCAACAUCGACUUCCGUGAGAUUGGCAACCGCCUGGCGCACCACACCGACGAGUUCGAAAAACAGGUGCUGAUCGUGCGGCGGGGACAGCUCUUCGACAUCGGGCUUGACCUGAACAGGCCCUACAGCCAGGCCAAGGAUAAGAUUAUCUUGGAGUUCAGGAUCGGAAAAUACCCCAAACCCAGCAAGGGCACCCUCAUCAAGGUGACCUUGGGCAAGGAGCAGCUGACCACCGACAAAUGGGGGGCCAAGGUGCAGCAGACAAAGGGGAACUUUGUGGGCAUCAGCGUCAUGGCCCCGGCCAACGCCAUCGUCGGGAAGUUCGACUUCUACGUGCAAACGGAACACGAGGGGACGAAGUUCCGCACGGCAAAGGACGACAAGAAUGCUGUCAUCGUUUUGUUCAACCCCUGGUGUAGGGACGACCAGGUGUACAUCGAUGACAAGGCCAAGCUUAAUGAGUAUGUGAUGAAUGAGACUGGCUUCAUCUAUGUGGGAAACAAGCGGAAGAUCCGCGGGCGCCCUUGGAACUUUGGCCAGUUUGACGACCCAGUGCUGGAUGCUUCCCUCUAUCUCCUGGACCGUGCGCGGAUGGCGUACACGUCACGAUGGAACCCGAUCAACAUCACGCGCGUACUGACGGCUCAGAUCAACUCCCUUGACGACGACGGGGUCCUGGUUGGGAACUGGUCGGGCGACUACGACGACGGGGUGGAGCCGUGGGUGUGGAAUGGCAGCGUGAAGAUUCUGGAGCAGUUCCUCAAGACAAAGGAGAGCGUACAGUACGGACAGUGCUGGGUCUUCUCUGGAGUCACCACCUCAGUGCUGCGUUGUUUGGGAAUCCCUGCCCGAAGCGUGACCAACUUCGGCUCUGCCCACGACACUGACUCCAACCUUACUGUGGACUAUCACUUCGAUGAUAAGGACGAGCCGAUCGAGGACCUGAACAACGAUUCCAUCUGGAACUUCCAUGUGUGGAACGAGUGUUGGAUGGCGCGCCCUGACCUCCCAGCUGGGUACGGUGGCUGGCAGGCCUUCGACUCUACUCCUCAGGAAACAAGUGAAGGACAGUACUGUUGCGGUCCAGCUUCACUCAAUGCCAUCAAGAACGGCCACGUUUACUACGGCUACGACACCAAGUUCAUCUUCGCGGAGGUGAAUGCCGAUCGGAUCUACUGGAGGGUUCCUGAGGACGGGGACGACUGGGAACAACUCCGCGUGGAGAAGUACUCAGUAGGGUGUCACAUCAGCACCAAGAUGGUGGGUUCUGAUGAACGGGAGGACAUCACGCAUCUGUACAAGCAUCCGGAAGGUACAGAGCUGGAGCGCGUGGCUGUGCGGGAAGCGGUGGAACACGGGAAUCGUCCGGGAACCUACGUGGACCGGUCCAUACCAGAGGACGUGACGUUCAGCAUCGACACAGACGACGACGUGGACAUAGGUGAGGACUUCAGCGUACGCGUGAAGCUGACCAACCAGAGCGACCAGGAACGCUAUGUGACGAUGUACCUCACAGCCCAGGCCAUGUACUACACAGGCGUCUCCCUCGGCAAGUUCUGGAACCAGAGAUUCACCGUCCGUCUCACGCCAAACGGAGAUGGAGAGGUGAAGGGUCGCAUCGACGCAGACCUGUACGUGCCACGCCUGGUGGACCAGGGCGGGAUCAAGUUCUUCCUGAUGGGCCAUGUUAGGGAGACGCAGCAUCUUCUUAAUAUUGUACAUGGGGAGGUGGAGGGUCGCAUCGACGCAGACCUAUAUGUGCCACGCCUGGUGGACCAGGGCGGGAUCAAGUUCUUCCUGAUGGAUGGGGAGGUGGAGGGUCGCAUCGACGCAGACCUAUAUGUGCCACGCCUGGUGGACCAGGGCGGGAUCAAGUUCUUCCUGAUGGGCCACGUGAGGGAGACGCAGCAGUCGUUUGCCGGGCAGCACGACUUCAGGCUGGGGGUUCCGGAUCUCACCCUCAAGGUGUCUGACAAAGACAGGAUCAUCAACAUCGGGCAGGAGGUCCACGUCAACGUGUCCUUCAAGAACCCCAUCAACACCGCCCUGACCAAGUCCGCCUUCUACUUCGAGGGCCCCGGGCUGACCGCGGACGACAAGGUCAUCCACCACAAGGACAUCGGGCCGAGGGAGACUGCCACGGCUGUGGUGAAACUCAAGCCCAAGAAGAAGGGCAAGAGGAAGCUGAUGGUCAGCUUCACAUCCAAGCAGCUGCAACAGGUGUGCGGAGAGUGCGUCCUCGACAUCGUCUGAGGCAUCGGGAGCAAAAUGUCUUGAUUGUAGCGCACAAGUCAGGGUGUGAUAGUGGGGUAUUGUUGUCAACAUCAUCUGAGGCAUCGGGAGAGAGAUCUCUUCAAUUUAAGAGAAUGUAGUGUACGAUGUUUGGGUUUACACACGCAUUUUCGAGUCAGCUCGACGUGGACUCAACAACGUUCUGUUUACACUCAAGAUCUUUUCAAUUUAAGGGUGGGUUCACAUGUGCGUACAUGGUCCAGUCCGAAUGAAGUCCGUAUGGAAUGAUUUUCAAAUUUGCGCCAAGUGCCUUCAAUGAUUUUCAUAUGACCAUUUCAUAAAUCACUGGGAGUCGAUGAUUAACACACAAGAAAACAAUGAGGUGACUGGAGCAUGAUUUGGAAGUUACUCGAGUCAAUUUCCGGAAAGGUUACCCUGAAUUUCUGUAUACACUGUCCUGAGACGACUCCGGCGAAGUCUACUCCAACUGGACUCAGAAAGUGAGUGUGUAAACGCAGCCAUUAUCAGGGUGUGAUAGUAGGGUAUCCGAGGUUUCAAGGUGAAGGAUUUUUGGGGUAAUAGCAUAAUUCUUUUGACCAAUCUGGAAGUGCUACUGGCUUUAUCUGACCGAUGAUGAAGACGGAAGUGCAUCGCUAGAUAACAUUAGACCAAUAGAAAUCUUCAAGAUACAUGUAUUUGAAAACAGGCAGCUAAAACAGGUUUUGUACGUGUUGCAAAUCUGUGUUGACAGUGGUGCUUUAAUCAUUGUAAAGUUACCAAGUUUAACUGGCUGAUGAUAAGCAUUUGAAUUUCAA